AAAACCAAAAACCUAAAAAACAGAGAAGGGCAUGGUGGGGCCCAGCGACAGACGAGGAGAAAGCUUCCUUGUUUUCUUGGCUUGGAAUUGAAGUGAUAUGAAUAGUCCGGCAGUUGGAACCCAUGCAUCAUCCUCCCCUCCCCCGGAAAACAUGACGCCCAUCCUGCAAAACCUGACACACACCCCUCUAUCCGGUUAGGUUGACCAUUGACCGGCGGCGCUACCACCACUCCUUAGUCGUAGAAAAAGUCUCCUGUCCCUUUCCCAUCCUCCCACUUGUCAUUACACUAUCACUAUCCAUCCAAAACCAACACCAUUCCCUCUACUAAAAACCAGGGAAGAGAGAUAGAGAGAGAAAGAGAGAGAUAUUGCUAGCGCACAUACACCAUACAACCCCAACCACUGCUCCUACUCCAACUAUCUACCUCACAAAACGCAUAAACACCCACUUUCUAUAUAUGCACUUUAUCUUCUCCUCUUCUACUCUUCUCUCUCUCCAUGGCUGUCGUGAUGGACCAACAGCAGAUCUUCAAACACUAUUGUAGGAUCUGCAAAAAGGGAUUUGGGUGUGGGAGAGCUCUUGGAGGCCACAUGAGAGCCCAUGGGAUUGGAGAUGAGGUGGGCCAUGCUGAUGACGAUGAUCACGCCAGCGACUGGGAAGACAAGCUCGGCGGGAACCCACAGGCAGGGAGUAAGAGGAUGUACGCGCUCCGCACCAACCCCAACCGGCUGAAAAGCUGCCGGAGCUGCGAGAAUUGUGGAAAGGAAUUUGUGUCGUGGAAGUCGUUUCUCGAACAUGGGAAGUGUAGUUCCGAUGACGCAGAGUCGCUCAUGUCGGAACCAGCUGGAUUGGAAGGUGAUGAUGGGGUGGAGAGGAGAGAGUGCGUGGGAUGGUUGAAGGGGAAGCGAUCGAGACGGGUUCUCAAAGUAGGGAAUUUGAGUUACAAUUGCUGCCCGUCGAGCGAGGAAGAAGAACUGGCUCAUUGUUUGGUGAUGCUAUCAGCUGCACAGGUCGAUCCGUUAGUGGCUGAGACGGAAGAAUCAUGCGCGUCAGCUAGUAAGGAGGAGGAACGGCAACGAAACAGCCCAGGCAUUGUAGCAAACAUGAGCCGGACACCACCCGAAAAAGCGAAAGCGGCUGUUAGAGGGGUGUUUGAGUGUAAGGCUUGUAAGAAGGUUUUCAAUUCUCAUCAAGCACUCGGGGGACACAGGGCUAGCCACAAGAAGGUUAAGGGCUGUUUCGCUGCGAGGCUUGAUGAUCUGGAUGAGAGUAAUAUCGAGGAAGAUGUGAUCACACAUGAUGAUUUUUCAAUUCUGUCGAAGACGGCGAUCGUGCCAUUUGAUCAUGCAGUCCAUAACAUUCCGAUGAUGGCUUCUAAGAGGAAGUCCAAAGUGCAUGAGUGCUCUAUAUGUCACCGGAUCUUUGCAUCUGGGCAAGCGCUUGGUGGGCACAAGAGGUGUCAUUGGGUCACUUCUAAUUCACCCGACGGUCCUAUUGCCAAGCUUCAUCACCUGCAAGAUCAUGCUCAGCACCUCCAUCAACGGGCUAAGUUCAGUAAAUCUGAGCCGCUCGAUCUUAACCAGCCCGCGCCAAUCGACGACCACAAUGGAGUCCGGGCCGACAAUGAAAGGCCAUUGAAUUUUGAAGUACCUAUGGCUCUUUAUUUACAACAGUGGAUAGGGAUGAAUUCCAAUAGCAACCACAACAACAACAACAACACCGGCAACAACAACAACAACAACAACACCACCACCAGCAACAACAACGAAAACAACCACAACAAAUGCCCCAGCAAUAACGACAACAACAACAACAACAACACCAACAACAAUGUAUCCACUUCUAUGUUACAUGUGGAUGAUGAAGCUGAUAGUAAAAUCAAGAUAGCAAAGCUAAGUGAUCUAAAGGACAUGAACAUGAGUAGUGGUUCUUCUCCAUGGCUACAAGUGGGCAUUGGUUCAGCUGCUGAUGGUAGCAAUGAUCCAUGAGAGGAUUUAAAUCAAAACAAGGUCAUGAAAACACCUUUUUUUUUCUUCUUCUUCUUCUUUUUGUACCAAGAAACUGUAAUUAUGAUUCAAGAAGCCCAAAUCCUUGAUUUUUAUUUUUUCCCUUUUUGGUGUAAUUUUUUUAUGGGUCUUAACAAAAAGCCCUGUCUUUGAUUCCUGAUUCGAUUUUCAGGAAAUCGUUUUGAAUAAAAUUCGAUUUUUCGUGUGUAAUUGUGGUCCUCUAUGGUUAGGUAAAAAAAAAAAAAAAAACCAGAGUUAUGUAGAAGCAGAGCAGUUGCUUGGAGAGUGUAGUGGUUUGGUUUUUUGCUGAAGGUGAAAUUUUCCUCCGUUCUAUGC